UUGUAGCGAGCGCACGUCUCCUCUGCUCCCAAACGCCCGCGUACGAUCGCGCAAAAAACUUUUCGGUGCCGUUACGAACUGUCUUUUUGAACAUUGAAUAUUAAAAAAAUGAACAAGACCUUUUUGUGGUGUGACUUUAUCUGAGUGUGAAGAGACUUCUCGAGUGAAGGAGUGCUUCGGAGGCUAAUUACAGGCUGCUAGGCUAAUUGGUGGGGCCGGCGUUUCAUGAAGUGCGAGAGACGUACGUCGGGUAACGGUAGCGGUAGCGGGCAGCAGGGCAGCUGCAGUCCGCACAUGCUGGCCAUGGACGUGACUAAGGAGUCCCGCGCCUCGCCGCUGCCCGCGGCCGCGCAGUCCUCCGGCACCGCGACACAACCGCCGCCGCAGCCACAGAUCUGUGCGGGCUGCAGUAAGGUGAUAACGGAGCGCUACUUACUAAAGGCUCUGGACCAGCUGUGGCACGAGGACUGUCUCAAGUGUGGCUGCUGCGACUGCCGGCUCGGUGAGGUCGGCCACACGCUCUACACUCGCGCCAACCUCAUUCUCUGCAAGAGGGAUUAUUUAAGGUUGUUCGGUAACACGGGCUACUGCGCAGCGUGCAACAAGGUGAUCCCCGCGUUCGAGAUGGUGAUGCGCGCGCGCAGCAAUGUCUACCAUCUGGAGUGCUUCGCCUGCCAGCAGUGCAAUCAUAGAUUUUGUGUGGGCGAUCGCUUCUACUUGUGCGAGAACAAGAUCCUAUGCGAAUAUGACUACGAAGAACGGCUGGUGUUCGCUAACAUGGCUUACAAUCCGCCACCGCUUGCGCACCUCAAACGGCAGACCACCCAUCUUUCUCCACCACCGACAAGCAACGCGAUGAGCCUAAUGAAUGGAUCGGGCCGCUCCGGUGACAUGAACAACAACAUGUCGGGCUCGAACACGGCUGCGUUCGUGCCCCCGCCGCACCUCAAGCCGCUCGGCCUGUCAGCGACCAGCUGAGACUACCGCGUCUGAGAUACGGCCCACCCGUACACCAAGUAUCAUAACUAAACGGCUAAGACGGUGUCGGUAAAAUGAGUCGGUGUUAGUACUAAAGCUUGGGACAAACAUAACAUCACUGGCUUCGGACUUAUGUCGGUGAAAUGUGUCGGUGUUAUUACUAAAGUUUGGGACAAAACAUUGCAUUGUUUUGCGACUAACGUUGGUGAAAUAUGUCGGUAUUGAUUUUAAAUUUUGCGUCAAUCGGACUAAUGUGUGUAACAUGUGUCGGUAUAAGUUUCGGUCAAUAAUAGUGGCAAAGUAUUUAUGGUUAAAUUAAUUUGCGUUGGAUAAACUAUUGCGACGAACAGUUAUAAAAUUGUAUGGAUGUAAAGUGUUUAUUAUUAAAUGUGUUAUUGUAAUAUGCCAAAACUUUUAUAGUUAACGAUCUCUGUAUCUUAGAAGUGAAUUAUAGCUUUGCUAUUUAAUAAUAAUAAUGUUUAUUGUCUGUUUGGAGAUCUCAAAAGGGCAGUUCUAAACAAAUUAAGUGAAUAUAAGAAGGAUGCGGUUAUAUACAACCGAGUAGGAAAGCAUGUUUUAAGACUGUCAGU